GAAUACGAAUCUACAUAUGUAUGUAUGUAAUUAAAUAAUGCUUCGAUGCACUACUCCCAUUAACAAGAUUUUGAUUUGCUUUUAGGGUAGUAUAAGAAUCAGUGAUAAUUAUUUAUUUUUAAUAAAUGUUAUCUCUGACAAGAAUGCUUAAUCAGUACAGAUACCAUAAUAAUUAUGAUGAACUCCAUAGCAACUGUUAUUUGACCUUCAUUUAUUUAUCGGUAGUUAAUAAGAAAACAUUAAAGUAAAAUAAUAGAUAGCUAAAGUUCAGUGUUCAAAGAGUGGGUAAAAUGGAUGCGAGCUUUGUCAGUCAAAUGUCCUGCAUCUGUGUUGGACCGAAACGUGCGGGUAAAACCCACCUUCUUAAGGCACUCGAAAAUCCGGAUUCUAUUGAUGAGACAACCUAUUCAAUGCCAACAAAUGGGACAAAUAUUUUUACAAUCAAUCUUUCAACAAAGCUUCCAAAUGCAUCAAACCCAACUGAGAAAAAACAGACAGAUCUAACUGUUGAAAAGAACAGCAAGGACGUCUCAGGCGCCACAGAGCUAAAACAUAAGAGGCCCAAGGCUCCAUUAAAAUGUAUACGAGUUUUGGAAAUUGGUGGUGCGAUGGCACCACUCUGGCGACAAUACUAUGAAAAAGUGUCAAAAAUAAUUUACGUCGUCGACACUUCAAAUCUUUGUCAAAUUUCUGCCGCAGGGGUUCUGCUCUAUUCUAUAUUGGCUGAGCCUCGAUUGCAGCGCUGUCGGAUUUUGCUAGUGCUAGCUAAGAUGGAUUACGCCUACCGGCAGAUGCGCAAUGAAGCUUUACUUAUGCUACAAAUAUCCGUAAGAAAUAUAAACUUCAAAAGGAAAUUCGGCAACAGUUAACUAUUGUGGAGGCUAGCGCCGUUAGCCACGUGGGUUUGGAAGCAAUAUACGCCUGGCUGCAGAUUCCUUAGAAUUUGUUAAGAAAAAAAUGUCGGUACACAUUCAAGUAAACUUUUGCACAUGUAGUUAUUUAUUUCCAUUAAACUGAUCAAAAUUGUUUACUCUAAAAAAUAAUGUACAUACAUA